GCCUGAGUUUCAAACCGGAAAUAACGAAAUUUCCGGAAGCGACUCGUAGUAGACGAGACAGGACCUUAAGGCGGUCUUUUUUUGUUUAUCCCUCAUGUAAACAGGUGUUAUUUAUUUUUUAUUUUAUUACUGCUGAUCACGUUUACUCUGGAUACCAUAAUAAAGUGAUAGGGAGGAUGCUGGCUACAGGAGCGACUGUACCCACAGCGGGGCUGCCACAGGUGGACCGUGAGAAGAUCUAUCAGUGGAUCAAUGAGCUCUCCAGUCCCGAAACUCGAGAAAACGCCCUGCUGGAGCUCAGCAAGAAAAGAGAGUCUGUGGCCGAUUUGGCGCCGAUGCUCUGGCACUCAUGUGGUACUAUAGCGGCUCUCCUGCAGGAGAUUGUGAACAUCUACCCAUCUAUAAACCCCCCAACACUGACAGCUCACCAGUCUAAUCGAGUGUGCAAUGCUUUAGCGCUGCUGCAGUGCGUGGCAUCCCAUGUAGAGACACGCUCUGCUUUCCUGGCAGCUCACAUACCUUUGUUUCUAUAUCCUUUCCUGCACACGGUCAGUAAAACCCGACCCUUCGAAUACCUCCGGCUCACGAGUCUCGGCGUGAUCGGAGCGCUGGUGAAAACCGACGAACAGGAAGUAAUCAACUUUCUGUUGACCACAGAAAUCAUACCGCUCUGCUUGCGUAUCAUGGAGUCGGGCAGUGAGCUGUCAAAGACAGUGGCCACAUUUAUACUGCAGAAGAUCCUCUUGGACGACACAGGCUUGGCUUAUAUCUGCCAGACAUACGAACGCUUUUCACACGUCGCCAUGAUACUGGGUAAGAUGGUCCUCCAGUUGUCGAAGGAGCCUUCUGCUCGCUUGCUAAAGCAUGUUGUACGCUGUUAUUUACGACUGUCUGACAACUCAAGGGCAAGAGAAGCUCUCCGUCAGUGCCUGCCCGACCAGCUAAAGGACACCACUUUCGCACAAGUGCUAAAAGACGACUCCACCACCAAACGCUGGCUCGCCCAGCUCGUCAAAAACCUACAGGAGGGGCAAGUCACAGACCCUCGUGGCAUCCCAUUGCCCACUCAAUAAACCCAGACGGGUCAAUACGAUCAAACUCAUCCAAGCACCUCCAGGACGCCUAGGACACAAACUUUCCCACCAUCCAGUAAAACACGCAGACUGUUUUACAUAUAUAAGGGCACUUAAUAUUUUUUUGCCAAGAAACGGUGCUCAGCAUUCACGGUUUGUUUUUUCAGAGAUACUAAAGAAAUUGACUUUGGGGGACCACAAAGGGAGGAAGGGUCUCGCACACCUCGCAUAGUUUGUUUUGUUGUUCGUCGCGUUUUUUUGACGAAAUCAAGAGGAGUUUAAAGACUUUUUUGUCUGAUUCUUUUUUUGUGUUCUCCUCGUAAAAAGGAAACGUGUGUGUAAUUUUGAAAGCUGUAAAAUAAACUGUCAUGUCAUCUUAGAUGUCAAUUGAAA